AUGGCUCAGAGCAUCGAUCUUACCGUUUCGACCGUCAUCGAGCACUACUUCUUUUUAAAAACGCCUCCAAGACCUCUCGAAUACCUUGGAGCUACGCUCAUAUUUUCGGCUGGAAUAAUGAUCCCGUUUGUGAAGGCUUGGAAAGCGACUUUUCCUGAUAAAGAGGACCAAAAGCCGCUUGUCCAAAGCAGAAAGCGUCUGAGCGAAACUCAUAACUCCGAAGAAGACGAUUAA